AAAGGAUGGCUGCGUGGUCGUGUGGUAUGCGCUCUAGGCGGUUGUUCAACCAUUAAGAUGGUUCUGGGCUCGAACACUGUCUGCUGACCUCCCCUGCCGUCCUAGGAUAUAAUUAAAUCAGAAGGCACGUCCGAAACACGUAUAAAAUUAGGCGUUAUGAAAUACACAAUAAAGUACCGGCCAAUCAUCAAUAGGUUUUCACAUAGGCUGUAUGCAUACAUAUAUUGUUUCAGCACCUAGCUUCAACUCUAUAUGUACGUUAAUUGCUGUAUGCAGUACCUAAAGUAAGCGAAGUAUUGCACGUGACACUAGUGGCAGAGUUAGGCUGACAAUCGGGUAUACUGGGAAAUAGAUAGAUAAAACAUGUCUGUCAAUAAUUGAGAGUACAGUUCCCUUAAAAAGAUCCCCCAUUCUAUUUCUAACGGGUGUGAGUGGCUGGGUUUACAUUGUGUAGCGUUGGUAAUGGGAAGUAAUACUACCGCUCUCGUGACAAUGCGAAUAGCAACUGUAAAGGCCUACUUUGGCUGAUCGGAAUUAGUAAUAAAACCCCUCGAUGCUAUGCUCACUAUUAGAUGAAAUUAGUUUUCUUUUGUUGUUAUUUUUUAAAAAUAUAUUUAUGUGUUGCCCGAUUCUGCUACAUCAGGACUAUCACCGGCAAUUGCCUGAAACUUAGCAUUAUUAUUAGCGAACGGUAAUUGGUCGAAAUGUAAAUGAAUAUUCUGGAUUAGCCUUAUACAUAAGUGAUCUACAUAUGAACUUUAUUUUAUCAUUUUUUUUUAAUUUUCUUGCGGAAUCGUGUCUAGUUGGGCAACAAUGUCGCUGCCUUCUUUUUAUUUAAACCAAGACACGGGGAGUUCUUUAAGGGCCUCAACAACUAACACAGUGUCGUCACUGAUUCUUUGACCAUUGUCUUGUACUUUAUUGGAGACCUAGAGUCUAGAUCUAUGCUCUUUUCUUACGAUUGGGAAAAAAAAAAUAAUUCGUGCACUAGCCUAUAAACGUAGAGUAAUGAAGUAGAAAGAAAAAUAUAUUGAAGCUAAGGCACUACCUACAGGAUUAUGUCCCCCUCCCUCUCACCCCCUCUCCAGCAGGGACCCAAUUCUUUUUUAAAAGUCGAGCGGUAAUGGUACCUGUACAAUAUAAGGAGCCACCAAGUAAAUGGCGUAAGGGGGUGGGGUGGAGACGGAGGUGGUACAGGUAGAAAUCACUUUGAUCCGCGCUGACAAUAGCCUACCGCGGGUUAGGGCAGUAAACCUCGCCAUUUUAUCGUCCAAGAUUAAACUCUCGAGGCGACACCAGACAUACCCGAAUGUUGUCAGGCUACCGGCUUGUAAAUGUAUCAAAACUUAGGAUCGGUUCGCUCGCCUAUUCAUCUUUAAACCGAGGCUGCUUUUUUUUUUUUUACUAGGAGGGUUUUAAAAUUACCUCUCGAUUUGACUUGAUUAGUACACACGGCUUGUGUGUGUAUAUAUAAAUAAGCAUGUGGCUUCGGAAAUGCAAGCAUUUUUUAAAUUGCGAUUUGUAAUUAGGGUGGCGAAACCACCCAACAUCUCGACCAUACCCCUACCCUACUCUAUUGUACAAAGUUUUAUCCACUGCUAGCCAUUGUCCAUUAUUUUUUUACAUAAAAUUUUGCCAUCACGAGCUAGAUGUAAUGUUCUAGUAAUUGUCUUAACGAGACGCUGAAUCAAAAGGGGAAAAAAAAGAGUAACUUGGCGUGACGGCGUGUGUAUGGUAUCUGUGUCGUGUGUACACAUCAAAGCAGUAUUAUCAGUGUCGAUUGAUAGCUGAAUAUGUUUUUUUUUCUCUUUCUUCUUCUUGUCCAUAUUAUAUCGAUUAUAAAAAACGAAACCUGGUUGUAGGUCUUGUGAUACCUUUGUGGAUUAAAAAAAAAAACACAUAAUGAACAUUAUCUAUAAUCUUUCGUAUAGCCUCGUGUGAUUUCAUUAUUCAUGGAGGCUAGGUCGAGUCACAGAAAGAUGUUUUAUGUGCAUAAACGAAAGAACAAUUGUUUACAAGUUGACUUUUAAGUUAGCCUUUAAAUGCCAAUGUUUAUAUAAACAUAUAUAAAGUAUUUCGGUCAUUGUUCUGAUCGUCAGGUGUAUCGUGGUUGUGGGCUGGGAAAGAGUCUGAAACAGCUAGAAUGAUGAUGCUGCUAGAUGGUGCUCAAAGAAAUUCCAUCGUGGGGUCAGUGGUGUAGCCUCGUUCGAUGGAGACGAGUUUUUCUUUAAGCUUCAUUUACGUCACGACUGUAAAUCCUCAAGUGUGACAGAUGUAGAUCUAGUAUCGUGAUUAUCAGUGUGACAAUUAUAGUAUUUUGUGUACAUUUCUUUUGGAGUAAUUUGGUACGCACAACUUGCAUGUGAAAAAAAGAUUUCAGAAAUACUACACCUUUGAACAUUGAAUGCGAUUUUUUUUCCUCGUAAGUCAAGAUUCUUCAUUAUUGGAAUACUUUUAACAGGAUUAAAAAAAAAAAAAAGGAAAGAAGAGAACUCAACAUUACGGCCCUCGCCAGGCGUCUCCGUCAAUACACGGGGAAAUAAUGCGACGGCGGAAGCGCGAAGAUGAUACAAAAUGAGAUGGCGCCAGACACGGAUCUACUGCCUGGUUCAACCGCUCCUGCUACUGAGGGCACGCAUCGUCUUUCAUCUUUCCGUCCUGCUGCUGCUCCCUGGCGGCGGGGGCGUCAAGGCCCAGGCCCUGGACGGGUCAGAGAACGCCAUCUUGGAAAUCGUUCUGUACCACCCCACGGAGAACGGGAAGUACGCCACGGAGACGUUUAAACUUCGGGGGAUGUUUACCGAGGCGGGGACCGCCUACAGUGCCGAGGGCAGGAUGAAGCAGGUUCACCCUCUAGCAUUGUGCAGUACAGAGGACUACGACCGACGCUACGAGUAUGGCUGGGUUGGAUUUAUCAAGCUGGAGGACUCAAGGUACGAGCCCGAAUCGUGUCGCUCAGUCUUUGGAAAGGCGAAGACUGCCAUCCAGAGGGGCGCCACUGCUGUUUUGUUUGAUAUCACUGACAAUCCUUCAGCAUCACUUGAUUUGUCCGUAAAUAGUCUUAAGCUCGAGCGGCCAGUCAUUGUCUUGCAAGGGUCAGACGCGUCCAAACUGAUGACCGUUGUUGGAGGGGAGCCUGAAGCAAGGAUACGGAUCAUGCACGAGCGUCAAGUUCAAACGUCUGAAAGUGGAGAGAUCAACAAGAAAGAGUAUUUUGGCAUGGCUAUCUUUGUGGCCGUUUUCCUUCUGUUCUGUGUCAUCUGUGUCUUCGUUAUGCUCAAGCUGAAGUGGAGAAAUAGAGACAGACAGCAGUUGUCUUCAGGUAACUUGACCAAGAGAGCUAUAUCCAAGCUGACCACAAGGAAAUACCAGAGCCCAUAUUAUCAUGAGAGUCAGCAAGACAUCCAGCAGCAGAAUUCCGAUGCAAGCUCAAUUUCUGAGAGCUGUGCCAUCUGCCUGGAGGGCUACAAAGCUGGACAAAUCCUGCGUGUCCUUCCUUGUGAUCACGAAUUUCACAAGCAUUGUGUGGAUCCCUGGCUAGAGAAUCAUGGGACAUGUCCACUCUGCAAAAGUCACAUUGCUGAUCAAAGAACACAAGAUGGUAGCCAAGAAGCAACUCGUAACAUAGAACAUCAACCCCAGAUAUCUGUGGAUCAGAAUCGUUCAAGAAACUUUCCAGAAUCUUCCCGACACCCUCGGCUAUCUUCUCAUUUUUCUUUGUUUAACCCCAGCCGAGCUGGGUCACAUGCUGGUUUUUACACAUCACCCUGUUCCCAAGGCGCUGACUACAUGCCGUUCCAUGUGGUUCAAGCCAGCUCAUCACCUCGGCAGGUUCACGCCUGCUCCUCAUGUCGUGGAACUAUUGGGUCUGCUCCAUCAGCCAGUUCUUCCAGUUCUAGACUCUUGGCACCUGGUCACCCCGACACAGAUUGCCUUCCUAAAAAGUCGUCUUCUUGUUGUUCACAUGUUCAUGAACAUACCUCAUCCAAAGGGCCAAGUUUGCAAAGACCUUUUUUAAAAUUUCAGUCACCAAGAAACUCUCCGUCCUUUUCUCCCAACAAAUCCUCCCAUGCUCAGGUUCAUCCAACGGAUUCCACAUCUCCACCUUGCAAUUGCUCACACCUAUCCAGCUUUAGAAAAUCCACAUCUCAGGCCAAACACUCAGCAAAAAUCUACAUUCCAGUCAUGCAUCCAGCAAGGAUUCUCAAAACCAUUCCAAAGGCCAAGUCGGAUAUAACAACCUCGGCAUGUACGCCUUUUCAGCGUCGCCAGAUAAUGCGGGCUGCCAGUUCUAUGGCAGUGCAUGGCUCGUAUUCCUCGGAUGUCAAUCCAAGUGACACAUCAGGGGACUGCGACUGUUCCAAGCUCUCAACUUCUUCCCCUGCCGAAGGUGACAGCAACAGAAGUGUUUUUGGCAGUAGUGAACAUAAAGACCCGAGUGAUGUGAGCAGCUUCGAAUCGAAUGUCUAUAAAGGAAAAGGCUCAUCAAGCUCCAGUGAGGAUAAUUCUGGCAACAUCAAACAUUUAAAACACUGCACUCAGGGUCAGAAUAAAUUAGUGAGCCAAUUACCUUCACAAACCUCCUUUAAACUGACCAGUUUGGUGAGAUGGAAGAGACCAGUAACAGCUUUGAAAGAUUCAAACAACUUGAGUGCAGCUCAGAAAUCAAGGGAUUUUUAUUCCAUGGAUACUACAUUCAGUCCUUGUUUGUCAGAACUUAGUUCUGGAACUUGCUCUUGGAGGUCCUCAUCAUCUGAUUCACUUGACCAAUCCUCAACGUGCAGCAGUUGUGACCGUAUGGGGUAUCCAAGGACUAGUGGCUGUGAAGGUGAUUGUGAUAGUGUGGAUGGAGGUGGUGAAGCAAUGGCUGCAAUAAGUUCUGAUAGUCCUAGUGUUCCUUUUGUUUUGUCAAGGCCAGCAAAACUGUCCAAGAGACGAAUGUCUGCAUUGAGGAAGCUGCAACGUUUCAGAAGAUCAGGGGGAACAUCAGCUGCCUUGACCUCUGGGUUAUUGACAUCACUGAACAUGAGAAAUUACAAGCUACAGGUCAUGCGGCAACAGAGCAUGAUGUGCGGCAGUCAUGAAAUCUGCCAUCAUCAAGUUGCAGUUAGCAAGACCAUGCUGGACAACUGUGAGCCAUGCAGGACUAAUCAGAGGGUUGAACAGGAUAGUUCAGAUCGAUUGCAGAUAGACUGUCUUGUUCCCAUAGACAAUCAGCACACCUCCAAGAGUAGCAAUGUCAUUUCUGAGCGGGUUGGUUAUUCAUCCUCACAGUACACUUGGGAAGUGAAACAGCAUAGAACAUGCGCGGGCCCUAUCCCUACCAGAACUCUUCAUACACUGCAGGACAGCUGCAGCCAUUGCCAAAACAACCAUCAACCCAACUUGUGUACUCAUCAAAAAGGAGAGCACACUGCCCUAUCAAACAAAUUAUGUGUCUUAUGUCAUGGCAAAGAGGAUACAAGCCUAUCAUAUUUGACUUCAAAAUACAAAUAUGUCAAGAAGAAAAACUUUAGAGUUGUAUUUCAAGAACCUCAAGGUACGUUCAUGACCAUUCCAAUGCUUGAAAAAAACAGGCAGUCAGAUGCAGCCCUACUUGGAUGUCCAGUCUGACAAGGUCAUUCAGACAUUUUAUUCAGAGUAAAUCAACUUGAAGACAUCCUUGCUCAGUUUAUCAUCAUUACUGGAUAGCCCAGCAAAAGUUAAAAAUUGAUUACUCUUUCCACUAUUAGGAACAAAGGCACAACUGGUUCAUUUUAAGGAUAAAGACAUUUUUCUAUGUGCCAGUCACAACAUCUUUAAACAAGAAAGCAAUUUCACAUUGCAUCAGAUUACAGGAGUGAUAUUACAUUUUUGGAGAGAAUUUUCUCAAACUUUUUGGAAAACUAUUUGCAUUUAUUAUUCAAUUUCAAAACACUUUAUAUACAAAUUUGAAAUUAUUUGUUUGUUUGCUCUGUCAGUGUUUCAAGAGGGAGGAAAACUGGAUAUAUUUGUUCCAAAGCUAAAGUGCUAAAGUUUAGUUAAUCUUUUUAAGGCUUUGGGUAAUAUUCAACUAUUUGAAUUUUGAGAUUUGUCAAAGUAUUACAUAUUUAGAAAUUCUGUAAAAACUCUGUUCUAUGUAAUAUUGGUCUAGGAAGUUUGAUGAAGUUGUAACGCUGUGAGACUAAACCUGUCAUGUGGUAAAAUACAAAGUUGUUUUUGAGUUAAUAAAAGUUUAUGAUUAAAAUUAUGAACUGCACCAUAAAUAAGAGUUGUCAGGUGAAAGUCUCUAAAUUUCUAGAAUUUAAGGACUUUUUAGAAAAUACUUUAGAAAAUAACAAAAAAUCAAGACUUUAUCUCCAAAGGAAAUCUUUCUUCAGAACAGCUAAAAAAUAAAUCAGAUAAAAACAGCAGAUUUUAAAGUCUCAGUAUUAAUCCAAGUUAAACUGUUAUAUAAUGCAACUCAUAAUUUAAAAAAAAAAAGAAAUCUGAUUUUGUUUCAAGACUUUGGAUGAGUGCUGCAUUUUACAUAAGCAUGAAGUUUCAGCUUUGACCUCCAUUUGGUGUUUGGACACCAUUUCUAAUGCAGAUAUAAACUUUUAUUAUAAACCUUUUAGUAUCUGGGGGUUGGUUUGUAAGUUCUCAUUUCUUUGCCAACAAUUUUCUUCUAUGAUUUCUUUUUUUUUUGUUACACCCAAAGGCAUGUGCCCAAGGUGGUGUAGCUUAGCUAAACAGCUGUCAGAAAGGGACAUUUAUCAACUUUAAUAAACUUUUAUCAAUACAAAUAGCUGUUGAAUAGAUUAAAAUUGAUUUAAAAAGUUGUGGCAUAUCCCUAGUAAACACGACAUUAGUGCAUCAGUAGUGUAUAGGUAAGGUGUCAAUGUAUUUGCUAAAGUUGUUCAUCAACGUUCUUUUGUUUGUUUCGUUCAUUUUGUUCCACUUUACAUUUUAAACAGUUUUUAGUUACAUUAUGAAUUCCCAACCGCUCAAUGUAACAUAGUUUAUUUUGACCCCCCUGUAUCAAACUAAAUCAAUGAUAUUGUGAAUGUGAGAUAUGCAUGCCAUGAUGCAUGCUGGGACUUUAUUCACUGUGUAUUUAUUUUGAGCGCAACUUGGUAGAAUGUAAGAAAUGUGUGUGAUUGAUGUGAGAGUUAUUAAUGAAGACAAUUAUUUCAGCGAUAAUUAGAAGCAAUAUUUUCUUAAUAAACAAAUCAUGUCAAUAGAUGUUCAUUAUGGGAAAUGAGAUUCUGUUUUAUUAAUUGUGAAGUCAUUUGUUGUAUUAUUAGGCUAGCUAGUUUACUAAAAUAGUUGUAUGAACUGAAGACAGAAAAAAAAAUGUCUGGAGUAAACAUAUUAACAUUAAUUUUUUGGAAUGCUUCUAAGGACUGCAAGGAUUUGGUAAAAUUUCUAUCUUAUGUUUACAUUGUAAGAGUUUUUAUUUCAUAAUCCCUUUGAGCAUACUUUAACAAUAUUAUUAUUAUUAUUGCUACCCCCUCCACUUCCAAUAAUGCACCAUUUACAUGGCAGUAUUUUGACCAAUUAGCACCAAGAAGGAUUAAGUAGGCUACAACUAAGACAACAGAGUGCUUUGUAAGAUUGAACUAAACUUUAUCUCAUUGGUCUUUUUUUUUUUUUCCACAAAACAAAGGGCAUUUUUUUUGGUUACAUUUUUUUUAUUCAUGCCUUAAACCAAUACAAUUAAAAAAAAAAUCAGCAUCAAAUUUGAAAACUGAAAAUUGCAUAAAAAGUAACCCAGAAAAAACAAAAUUCAAUCUAAAGGUUAAUGUAUGGGCUUAUGUCUAAUCAAGAUGUACCGAAACUCAUGAUGGUCUUGUAUCAUGAACACAUUCACUUGCCUGUAUAUCUCGGCUGAAUGAGCUUGCAUAAAAGGGGAGCAAAUUAUAUGUUAAUUCCCAGAUUAGAGUAGUGCCUAUGGCGACUGAAAUCCUUGCAUAGAGAACUUAAUCCUUGGGCUCAGCUAUUUGUAUAGCCAAGUCUGAUCAGCACCAAAGAUUAAAUACAAAAAGAUGUAAGGUUAAAAAAAAAUCUAAUUGAAGUAUAGAAUUUUUUGAGGCAAUUUUUUUUUUAAAUAUCUAUAUUAAAAUGAUAAUAAUAAUUUUGGUUUGCCUUGUCAAAAAAAAAAAAAAAUCCACUUCCUUCUAUAAUCUCUGGA